UGCAGCUUGUUGGGGGCGGGGGGCAGGCAGAGGCGGCUACUCCCGCCCCCCUCCAGAUACAGGAAUGGACCAAACGCAGCUGUUGGACUGGGUUGAGGAGAGCGAUCCUGAAGACCCUUCUGAUGGGGCGGGGGAUGCCAGGGAGAGCCCCAAGCCUGUGGGGCGCCUCCACCUUCUGAGCAGCAAGUAUGGGCCUGAGAAGGAUUUUUGGAUCUACCCGGGGAAGAAUGUUAUUGGCCGGCUUGAAAGCUGUCAGAUCUGCUUGCCCGCCUCUUCAGUUUCCAAGGCUCACGCUGUCAUCGAGGUCCCCUCUCCUGAUGGACCCCACCUCUUGUACGAUCAGGAGAGCCUGAACCGGACCCGGCAGCAGCGUAUGGUGCUGCUCCCGCACGUCCGGUACAGCCUUCAGGAUGGGGACACCUUGCUCUUUGGAGAUGUGGGAUGCCAGUACUUCAUCCUUGACCCAGAGGGGGCCCCUGAGUCCCCGGAUGACUCUUUGGAGGUGUCACCCACCCAGCCAAGAACGGAUGCCAAUGCCCUGGUCAUUGAGGAGACGCCUGUGCCAGGGAGGAAGAUGGGCUUUGGGGGCCUCCUGGUCCAGGAUUCAGACAAGGAGGAGGAAGGCGAGGCAGUGGUGAAUGGGGCAGGCAAGAUGCUGCAUCUGCCAGUGGAUGGUGGGUCUGAUUCCUCGAUCAAACAUGGUGCCAGAGGACACAGCAGUUUGGCCUCCCCCGUGUUCUCUUUGCCCUCCACGACGGUUGUACCUGAAAGUGAUGAAGAAAGCGGGGAGCCCUCCGAAAGUGUCCCGUCCUGUCCCUCCUUGCGCCUGCGCUAUGAGAGCGACGAGGCUGAGCUGCGUUCUGUGGCGAAUGGCUCUGUUACCCCUCUGAACCAGGAAGCACUUCCUGUCCAGCCAGGAAGUCCAGAGGAGAAAGUUUCUCCAGACUCCAGAGGACAACCGGUAGCUAAAGACCAGGGUGCCCCUACAGAUCCCAGCCUCGUGGACUUCCACCUGGACAGUGAUACAGAUCUGGAAGACGAAGACGGAGUGGGGACCACUACCACUUCUGAAAGACCCGCAGUGAAGGACAACCUUGUCCUGGAACUGGGCAGCGACACGGACACGGAGGAACCCCCAGUGGUGAAUCCGGGUGUUGGUUCUGCCCACAGCGGACAGGUAGCAAGUGAUAUUGACAGUGAUACAGACAUAGAGGAGGCAGAGGAGAAGCCAAGCGUUUUGGGCUUCAAGGCCCACCGAGUCACCGAUAACGGGGCCAGUGACACAGAUGCGGAGGGAGCCGGGGACAAGGCAGGUGCUGAAAGUGGGGAGUCCAGCCUCCGCCGCGAGGGCAGCUGCAAAGGCCAGGAAAGAGCGGACGGCGAUCCACAAGGCCGUCGGCCUCACGAGGAAGCGGACAGUGACACAGAUGUGGAAGCCGCAGAGAGUCCGGAUGCGUGCUCCAAGUCACAGCCGCCUGCAGACAAUGAGGACGACACAGAUGUGGACGAGCCGUCCCUCGGGGCAGGGAAUCGAGAAGGGGCUCUGAAGGAUCGCGAGGCUUCUCGGAACAGUGAUACAGAUGUGGAGGUGGAUGAGCCGGAGAGGUUAGGCGGGAUCCGUCCCCGCAGCCCCCAGCCGACGAGGAAUAAAGAGAGCGAUGCAGAUGUGGAGGCGCCCAAGGGGGCGGGGCUGCAGCAUAACGGUGAUCUGGCUGAAGACGCACGGGAAAUAAAGAAGGCUGAUGUUGAACCCCCAAAGGGUUACGGAGCUGCCGGUGAGCAGUCCACGUGCUUGGACGAGAGGGAACCCGUUUCAGAUGCCAGGAUUGUAGAGCAGCUGCCCUCCACGCCUCAAAACCAACACCUGCUUGCUAUUUCCGUGGACAGCGAUACGGAUGUGGAGGAAGCCGCCGAGAAUCCAGAUGAGAGCUCAAAGGAAACUCGCGGCGUCACCAGCCGGGGCCCUGGUGGGGGAAGUGGAGGCAGCCACUCUGGGGACGAUGAGGACAGCGAUACGGACGUGGAAGUGGCUUCUCCAUCCCCCAAGGUCCUUGCGGCUCACGAUGGCGAUACGGAUGUGGAAGUGGAGGAUUUGGCAUCGCCGAGGAAACCCUUGGAAGAGCAAGAUACUCAGCUGGUGCCCAUGAGACCCUCCCGGGACGGGGGGGAAUCGGCUAGCUCUGCAACGGGACUGAGGGUCUCUCGUGAUCCUCGCAAAGAGGAUGACGAUACUGAUGCUGAAGGAGAUGAGUCCCGCGUGGGAGACGAGAGCAACACCGAUGACGAAGAUGAUUCCGACCUGGCUGUCCAGGCAACCCAGUGCUACCUGCCCAUCAAGACCUCCUCCCCCAAGGAUGAAAAAGCUAGAGACAUUGCAGCGGCGGACGCCAGAUGUGCCCUUGAAGAGGAGGCUACGCAGGCGUUUGUCUUUCGCUCCUCUUCGGGUUUCCAGCCUGAAAAAACCUACAGCUCUCCCUUGAAAGAGGACGAUCCAGAUGCUUACAUGCUAGAAGCCACUCAACCCUUCUGCAAAGGACCAGCUACGCUUUCAGAGGAGCCUACACAGGCCUUCAUUGCCGAAGAAGAGGAAGAGGCAGAACUGAUCGCCCAGCAGCCCCUCGAAGGGGAGCACCUCUCUGAACGGGCCACACAGCCUUUUCCAAUACCAGCCGUUAGGGGUCAGCAGGACUCCGGCGUCGCAGAAGACGCAACCCGGCUCCGCUCCACAGAAGUGUCUGGUCCUGAGGCUGGUCCACAACCAGCAGAUGGCGCUCCUGCAGAGGAACCCCACCAGGAAGAGGGAAUUCAAAGGGUCCCUUCAGUGCAAGUUCCCGAUUCUGCAGGCAGCCAACCCUCGGCACUGCCAGUGGUGGAGAAGGCUUCUGGGAGUGAGGAGCAGGCGUGUGUGGCGUCCCCUGAAGGCGGAGUCGCUGUUGAACCAUCACAGCCCCGGGGAGGGGAAGGCGGUGUUGAAAGUGGGCCGGAAGAAAGGCGCUCCGAGCUGGUGGGAGAAGCAAAGGGUGCUGAGCAGCCGCCACAGCGGGCCACGGACGAGCCCUCCAAACCAGCGGUUCUGGUCUCCGAGCGGCGACGCAGCCUGCGGUCCUCUGCUGCCUCCUCCCCAUCUCCCCUGCCAGAAGGACGCCGCAGCUGUCGCGGUAACCGGGUGGGAUCCACAGCCCCCGGCAGCUCCGGUGAGCCAGUGGCUGUCCCGGCCACACGUAGGGGGUUGCGGCGGCUCAGGAAUCCCACACAGUACAUGGUGGAGCCAGAGAGGAAGGUGGAAGGACCCAAGGCAGAGGAGGCGAGCCUCGGCAAGACACCCGGCAAGGGGGAACCGGUGGGUCAGGGCAGACCCAGGCGCUCGCAGCGGAGAUCCAACCCUGCCCCUAAGCCCAAGGAAGAAACGGCGACCGCGGCCAGCAGCCCAGGGACCAAGGAGCCCACGAGGCCCAGGAAACGGAGAGCAGCUGUCGCCGCCCCCGAGUCUGUGGAAGAAGAGCAGCCAGAACUCCGUAGGACUCGGUCCGGCAGGCGGUCCGGGGGUGCUUCAGUGAUGACACCGAGCCCAAAGGAUUCUGGGAAAGGCACCAAAGUCGGGCAGGAGCCUGCACUGUCCACUCCAUCUUCAGGGAGGAGGUCGCGGCGGCAGAGUACGGAAAGCAAGCCAGCGGGAACAGCCCGGAACCGAUCCCAUAGUUCGGCAGCCUCCGCCGUGCCUGCGCCAAAGGUGCUGUUCACGGGGGUGAUCGACGAGGAGGGGGAACACGUGGUCACGGAGCUGGGGGGCUCUUUGGCGGAGUCCGUCUUCGAUUGCACCCACCUCGUGACGGACCGCGUGCGCCGCACAGUCAAGUUCCUGUGUGCCCUGGCUCGAGGCAUUCCCAUUGUCACCCUUGAUUGGCUGGAGAAGAGCAAGCGAAACUCUUUCUUCCUGGCACCAAACACCUUCCUUGUUCGUGACCCAGAGCAGGAGAAGAACUUCCAGUUCAGCCUCACCGAGUCCUUGAAGAAGGCCCGGCAAAAGGGAGGCCUGCUUCAGGGCUACGAACUCCACGUCACUCCUAACGUCAAGCCGGAACCUGAGCACAUGAGAGACAUCAUCAAAUGCAGUGGGGGGACCUUCCUACCCAGAAUGCCUCGAGCCUACAAGGACAAACGUGUCAUCAUCUCAUGCCCCGAGGACCUGCCCCGGUGCAAACUAGCACAGGACGCCGGGGUCCCCGUCGCCAACGCGGAGUUCAUCCUGAUGGGCAUACUGCAGCAGAAGGUUGACCUGGACGCCCACCGCCUGGACAGAGUGGGUUCCCCCUCCCUAGCCAGUUCUUCCGCUUCCACAAGAAGAGCCAGCAAGAGGAGAGCUGCGGCACCCACUGCCCCAGCGCCACCCAGCACAGCAAAGAGACGACGUUGA